GCCCGGAGAAAGAUGGCGGCGCCAGCAGCGUCCGGGCUCUCCCGGCAGGUACGGAGCUUCAGUACAUCAGUGGUCAGGCCCUUUGCCAAGCUUGUGAGGCCCCCCGUGCAGAUAUAUGGCAUCGAAGGUCGCUAUGCCACUGCCCUUUAUUCUGCUGCUUCUAAACAGAAUAAGCUGGACCAAGUGGAAAAGGAGUUGCUGCGGGUGGGGCAACUCCUGAAGGACCCCAAGGUGUCUCUUGCGGUUCUGAACCCCUACAUCAAGCGCUCCAUCAAAGUGAAAAGCCUGGCUAGUAUCACAGCCAAGGAAAAGUUUUCUCCGCUGACAGCCAACCUCAUGAAUUUGCUUGCUGAGAACGGACGGCUAGGCAAUACCCAGGCGGUCAUCUCUGCCUUUUCCACCAUCAUGAGUGUCCACCGUGGAGAAGUGCCGUGCACGGUGACCACAGCAUCUCCUUUAGAUGAAGCUGUUCUCUCCGAGUUAAAGACCGUGCUGAAGAGCUUCCUGAGUCAAGGGCAGAUAUUGAAACUGGAGGUUAAGACUGAUCCAUCAAUCAUGGGUGGCAUGAUUGUCCGAAUUGGGGAGAAAUACGUUGACAUGUCUGCGAAGACCAAGAUUUAGAAGCUCAGCCAGGCCAUGCGGGAGAUGCUCUGAAGGCCGUCGCCUGUGUGAGCGCUCAUCCUGGGAGCAACAAUAAACCACUUCCUGA